CACCUGUCACUGCCCUCAGCAAGACACUAAGAACUCAACACACACACACUAAACCUGUGCACGUUGCUUUCUGUGGAUCCAUAAAAAUAAAACUUAUUUUAGCCUUUACAAUGGAUCUCUCUCUACACACCGUCCUGCUGAUCUCUGCCACAUUCAGUGUGCUCCUGGAAGAAGGAUUUGGACUACCUCUCUUCCAAGCAUCAGAAACCCAGAGCUCUUCAUCAACAGCUGCAAGAGUUCGCACCAAACGCUGCUCCUGCAGUAACUGGAUGGAUACGGAAUGCAUCUACUUUUGCCACUUGGACAUCAUCUGGGUCAACACACCAAGUAAGAUCGUCCCAUAUGGACUCGGAAGUCCUCUGUCUCGUCGACGGCGCUCCACCGGGCGCUGUGAAUGCGCCAACCCCAACGAUCCGACCUGUUCCACUUUCUGCCAUGCCAGCUCCAUUGACCCAAGUCUCGUUAUCGUGAGUCCACUGGAUCCUAAAGUGGGUCAUGUGGAUAAAGCUGACAAACUUCUCCUCAAAUAUUUCAGGCAGGUUGCCAGGUCUAAUCUCUUCGCAGCUGAGCGUUCGGCCACCUCAAGAAAAAACUGAUCAAGUCCAGCAAAUCAUGAAGGAGUCAGAGAAAGAUACAGAGCGAAAAGAAAGGAAGGAUCAAAAUCCUACCAGGAGGGAUCCGGGGUAAAAAGCUGAUGCCUUCAGAAGAUUUCUUCUGCUCAAAACUGGGAUAAUGAUGAGAAGGACAAUUGAGAGAAAGUUCUCUCAGAAGACUCUGAAAGACCUAAAAAUGCUCAUGGGAAAAGAACACAUCUAUUAAAGACACUGGCAGUGUUAAGGGGAAAGACUUCAGGCAUUCAGAGACACAAUUCAUACACAGAAACAUUACGGAUCAGAGAAGCAGUGGAAUGUCUGAAAAUUGAACACAAGUGAGCCUUGUAUUGACUCACUAAAGAAGGAAUGGAGCACCUUGCACACCUGUGAAACGGUGUUCUUUCCAAACGAAGGAAUGUUAAGCCAAAAAAAAAAAAAAACACAUGGGAGUCACGUUUGAUCGUUUCCAGUGAAAACUGUAAAUCUAAAAAAAAAACAUGAGGCAAAAGAUGAGGCUGUGUGCAAUAACGUUCUAAAAGGUUCAAUAUAACAGUGAUGUAUCUGUAUAACACUUUAUUUUAUCCUUUUUUCUGAUACAUGUCGUUUUUCCUCUUUAUUUCAGUGGCACUUCUCUGUAUCAGAGUUUUAUAUGAUUUAAUUUUUUUUUUAAAUGUUAAAUACCUCUGUGCAGCCCCUCACUGGAUUUAUGUAGGAAAUUAACACUGAGUUUUUUUUUUCUGAUCUUUGAUAAUGAUGACCAAAGGUUGCUAUGCUGUCUUAUCUCAGUCGUAUCUCCAGUGGAUUCUUUGUAACACAUAUGAACUGUUUUAUGAAAUGGAUCCACCACCCUGGGUUCACGAGGGAGGGAGGUGUUUCUCCUGGCCUCUUUGUGAAUGCGGAAAUAUUAUUAACAUGGUUACUGUUGUGUGUGUUUUAGUUACGUGUGUAAACGAGUUUCAAUGGCUCGAGAUCCUGCCAACAGACUGCAGUAAUUGUUUUUUCCUGCAAUAGAACAGACCAGCGAAUGUCCUUGUAAUUUCCCAUUAUAAGAAACCUGUGCUGGCUCUCAGUGGAAUGUGUGUCUUUUUACUACUGCUUAUAGCUCGAUGUUUGUCUUCUACAUGUGUAUGAUGGCAUGCAGAACAACGCAGUGCUCCAUCAACAACUACUGUUUCUUCUCCAAUUUUAAGCCCAUUAUCAGGCUUUAGCUUGACCUCAGAUACUUGAAUGUUAUGUUUCUCAGCCCCACAGGGCCUGUAUCAUGUUGUAAAAUAGUAAAAAAGGAAUGUUAUUUAUUUAAUUUAUUGAGCUCACUUAUUUAUAUUUUGUACCUCAUUUACAAACAGGUUUUAUCUCAAAUAAAUUAUUAGAACUGAAA